AUGAUAGAAUCUUACGUGAACUAUAGCCUACUGGACUGUGUUGAAGAGUGUCUCAGAACCAGAAGGUGUAAAUCGGUAAAUUACUACAAAGGCGCAAACUUUUGUGAAAUUAACUUCAGAAGAAAUACUACUCGACCAGCAUUUUACAGACAAGCCCCGGGCUGGUUAUACACUGACAUUAGGUACUGGGAUGAGGUUCUCGCAGGAUCUUGUGCAGGAUCACCCUGUAAAAACUAUGAAAAAUGCAUCCCUAAACCUUUUGGAGAAUACGAAUGCGUUUUGUCAGUUCGUACUGAUUGUAAGGAUCACCUUGAGAAAGGUCACACUAAUUCCGGUGUAUACCCGAUUUAUCCUUAUGGUACCGACUCCAGUCCUAUCAACGCUUACUGUGACAUGAUCACAGAGGGAGGCGGCUGGACGGUUAUACAAAAACGAGUGAAUGAAUCCCUGAGCUUUGAGAAGAACUGGGAGGCGUAUAAGAAUGGUUUCGGAACACAGGAACAGAAUGUUUCGAUAGGUGACAGUAUGUUAACUGCAGAUUCCAGCUUUCGGUUGCCUGGGAUGUAUUUUACUACGUACGAUAGGGAUAACGACAGGUCAUCUGAUUAUAACUGUGCUAUAAGGUUUAAAGGGGGCUGGUGGUUUAACAGGUGCUACAACGCCUUCCUGAACGGGCCUUUGUCAACUACAGAUUGGGAUUGGCCUUGGAAUCCUAGAGUUGUGAAUGGCACAUCCGUCAGAGAAACAAUGAUGAUG